GUCGGAACAUCAUAGAUGUGGGACGCCAGCGAUGGAAAGAUGUCUGCGGCGUUGAUCCAGAUGUCCUGUCUGUACCGGGGCAUGUUAGCGGUCAGGGCCGGGGGCACCAGGACGCUGAUCCCCGGGCUGGUCCCAGGACAGUUUCGGGCCUUCUCCGUGAGGAAGGAGCCGGAGCUGGAGGAGAACCCGUUCUACAGCAAGUACCAGGACAAGAUCCAGAAGCUGCGCAGUGCGAAGCCACAGGAGUUCAAGGAGCGACUGGGGAAGCGGCAUGAGGCCAAGAAGGAUGUCCUCGGGCACUCCAAGCAGGCGGAGUUUGUGCGGUUCAUGGAGCAGGAGUUGGAGAAAAGAGAAAAGGUGGCUGCUGCUGAUGGAGCAUCUGGAGCUUUUACCAAGAACAAGACAUUAGAUUCCAUCCUCAAUCUGGAGAUGAUCAAGGACAAGACGGGCGAGGAGAUCGCACAGCUGUGGAUGCAGUAUUAUUCGACCAGGGAAACGAUCAGCGCCGCCAUCCCGUCCCAGAUGUACGAGUUGAUUUUCAGCCGAUCCAAGUCCUGCCCCAUGUUCCUGUACGCCUUGCCUCAGAAGGAGGGAUACGAGUUCUUCGUGGGUCAGUGGUCCGGACACGAGCUGCACUUCACCUCGCUUAUAAACAUCCAGACGCUUGGCGAGAACGCCCCGAGCCAGCUGAUCCUCUACCACUACCCGGACCUGAAGGAGGAGAAGGGCGUCGUGCUCAUGACCGCCGAGAUGGAUCCCAAGUUCAUCACCGUCCACCAGGCUCAGUGCUUGGCCAAUCAGGUGCAGCUGUUCUACGGCACGCAGAGGCAGGAGACGUACCGAUUGGUGGAGACGUUCAACCACCACCCCGAAGACUUUAAGCACAUGUCGGUGAUAGCGGAGCUGGAGCAGAGCGGGCUGGGGUCUGCGGGCGCCCCGGGAGGCUCCUAAGAUUCACUGAAGGUGGCCGGCGACUUAUUGUGUGUCAGACUGAAGCAUCAUUUUUCCUCAGCACUCUCCACGUGGAUCCAAACUCAUUAUUGGAGAGAAUCACCUAAAGGGAGCAGGAAGAGCAUCUUAUGAACCCACAUUUGAUGAUUUAGGAAAUAUUGUGGGGGAAUCAAAGGAAGCACAUUCUCCUCUCUGUUUCUGACGGGAUCCAAGAGACUUUUAGCCACAAAGCUAAGCUUAAAAUCCUACAUUUGAUAUUCAAUAAAAAAAGGUAAGCUGUUAA